GAGAGGUCUCAGCUCUGGCUGGCAGCAGUGACUUGUAGAGGUACCAGCCCGAGCCCUAGGAGCUCAGAAGCACUGCUGUAAACCCAGCUGUUAUCCCUCGUCACCAGUGCUAAUCCGUGUCCCAGCGUGGGUUUAAGCUUGCCGUGCCGGUUUACAGACGCGUUUCCUUUCUGGUGCCCUCUACGCUCACUCUGGGUCCGUCUGUCCGCGCAAGCAGCGGCAGCGCUGCCGCCAAAGUGAAGACACACAGAGCACUAUGUCGCUGGCAUCCUGGUUCAGGUGGAAUGAGCCCCCAAGUCGCAUCUCCCAGCGGAACCCCACAGAAAUGGUGGUUGAAACACUAAUGAUGGAGCUGAACUGGCAAACCAAGCAGGCAGAGAAGCAGCAGAGAGAGCGAGAGAAUGAGUACCGCAAGAUCAAGACCGGGGUGGACUACGGCUGGUUGGUCAGCUAUCCAAAGCAGAGCUAUGAUAUCAGCCCAGGAGAAAGGCUGCAGCUGGAGGAUAUGUGCACCAAAAUACAUCCUUCCUACUGUGGGCCCGUCAUACUCAGAUUCCGGCAGCUCGUUGCUGAAUACGAACCAGAAGUGCAAGAAGUAUCGCGGCUCUUCCGCUCUGUCCUGCAGGAAGCUGCCGACAAGAUCAAAGAGGAGGAAGACGCCAAGAAGCUUGCCAGGCAAUGGAACACAAAGAACAAAACCAGCCUCUCCUUAACGACAUUUAAAUCUCGCUCCAGGAUUUCCCCGUUCAUCAGUGACAUCAAAACCAUCUCUGAGGAUGUGGAACGGGGCACCCAGGCCACCAGGAGGGUUUGGAGCAUGCCAGAGUUUCGAAAUGCCAAGGAUUCCUGACUCUGUACUGAGUGAGGUUUUUAGACAGUGGUGGUUCUAAAUCCUACUCAACCCUCUUCUAAGCUCUACUGUUUCUUCUUUGUCCAGCUCUCUCUUCCUGCUUGUCUCUUUCAGAAGAUGUGUCCAUAGUAACGGUGGCCAAGGACCAUGGUGUGUGACACAGUUUGUCACCAGACAUGUUGGCCUUUCCCUUACUUUAGUAUCUCCUCGGUAGCCUCAAGGGCAAAGAUUACCUUCAAUCUCAUUUUUAUUACUCUUUUCUUGUGGAAAAUGAGUUAGUUUCGUGGUGUCUGUCUUUCCCCUUUUCUCUCAGUCUGGAUGUAGUUAGCUAUAAAAGCUCUGGGCCCAAGCUAGUGAGAGCUGCUGGCUGGACUUAUCUUGCUGAAAGCAAACAGCAGGUUAGAUGAGUAAGGCCUGCAGCACCAGGCCUGUGAGUUACACCUAGUAUCUGAUUUGGAACUAAAUUUUCCAGCUCAUAACCUCCCUCAGUGCUACAAGAAACUUCAUAGACCUUGCUCAGCUUUUUGUUGAUAAUUCACAAUCCUACCUGAGUAGAAAGAGAUCCAAACUUUCUGAAAUGAAAGACCACUGUUCCACAGCAACCAGUUUAUGCAUGCUCUGGUUUCUUGGGUAUUUUGUCUUUUGCACAGGCAGAAGCUCCUGAACCUUGCACCUGCAGGGUAGAUGGAAAUUUAGCAGCCUACUAUGUAGAUUUACAGGCAGCUACAUUAGUGCUGUAUCAAAUGCUGUUUUAGUCCUCGUUGUUCAGAGUUGCUGGUUAAGUGCUCCAUUCUGCAUUCCAGUAAUAAGUCAGUGGGUGGAAAUUAAUGUUUAUGGCUAAGCCUGGAAGAGGACUAAAAUACCAGUGUACAGAGAAGGUGUGGAGAAGGGUGAAGGGUAUCAGCAUUCAUCUAGAGAGGGCUCUUUGUACAGCUGCAAUAGUUGAGAUCAUUUUAGGAAGCUACUGCUUUCAGUGACUGAAGAGCUCUAGUAGAUGAUGAUUUGUUCUCAGUCAUGAGUGCUCCAAGAGCUUACCAGUAUCACAGGCUCUUGACCAGUGAGUUGACACUAUAACAAAUGAAUCUUCAGUGCAAACAGAGUAGCUUGGAGGCCAAUAUGGUUCUGCUCAGAUAUUGAAGAAACAGGAAAGUUACUAGGGCCUAUGAGCUCUAACUAUCAAAGUAAAGAGAACAGCAUGCUGUGAAAGCCAUGGGUCCUGUAGCCAAGCCAAGGGCUAGGUUGCUUUCUGGUGACCAAUGGGAGCUGAGGAAGGAGGAGAGGGAUUUCCCUGCAGGACUGGCUUUUAGAGAACUAUCCCAGUGAGGCAUAUAGCCUUCUGGGGUACCCUCUUGCUUUCUUUUGUUCAUUUCCAACCCUGAUGAUCUCUGCAGCAGCAUGUGGGUGCUAGAGCCAAAAUAAAAUCCUAUGAAGCUAUGACACCUCUGGGAAGAAUUCCAAUAUGUGAAAUCUGUCCUAGAGUAGAAAAGUAACAGCUUAUUGCUCAUAACUUCAAGUGCUACCAACACUGCAGAAAGGCAACCACUGUCUCCACCCUGCUGCAUGCAGAUUUGUAGGGGAUUUGAUGGAGAUAAAGUACGGCUCAGGAUUUGAAGACAGCAAAAAACUGCAAAGACAAGUGUGAUGGAGAGCCUGUAAGCAGGGAAGGAUGAGAUCUUAGUUCUGGAUCCCCGUUUUAGUUCUGGCUAGGGCUGGGUGCUAGGUUGGACUGGACGAUCUUGGAGGUCUCUUCCAACCUGGUUGAUUCUUUGCAGUUUCCUCCAAAGAUGGAGGAAGUCAGCACAAAACAAAGCUCUUCAAGCCUGUAGGAUUCUGGCUCUUCCUUCUGGGUGAUCUAAGAUUGAAGACAAGGCUUUCUUGCUAGCACCAGGCUGUCAUUUCCAGUCCCUUGGUGAAUGCUGCUGAGAAGAACCCUUCUAGGGACAGAAAGGGAAGCUUACUUUUGCUCAAAAACUUCCAGAUACAGCAUCCAGAUUGGGAUGAGCUAUUUCAACUCUAGGUCAAUGAGGGUGAGUCUAAAGCUUUUUGUUUUCUCAGCUGUAUGCCCCUGUGAAGUAAUGUGAUUGUAUAUAUGAAGUAAAAACAAAGGCUAGGCAGACUUAGCCUAGGUUUAGCUGUGUAGAAGAUGUAGGAUCUCUACCAAGAGAUCACAACAGUUGGCAGAAAAAAUGCUUGUGAAAAAGUUUUCACUUUUUUUCAUCUAUUUGCUACUGAAGGCCAAGUUCACAAAUUUCAUGCUACAGCUCUGUAGUAAUUUUAUUUGCACUCAUGUUCAAUUUUGACACCUUCACUAUUGAAUGCACUCAUGCAGUAUUUGGUGGACUGCUGGGAGAGACAGGACGCAUUGACACAAAGCUCAUCAUUACAUCUGUAAUGUGUUUGCCCCUCCUUCAGGAGAAUCAGGAGUAACUAACUUCCCUCUACCAAGGAAUCACCUGGAGAGCGUUCACCCAGUCACAGCGGCCUGCUAUCGUGCUGUGUCCUUCAUUAACAACCUUGGGCUAGCAGAUUCCAUUUAACAGCCAGCAGAGGGAGACAAUUCUGACCCUUGUUCAAAGCCACUUGUGUUCCAGAGGCAAGGCUUACAGUAAAGUGUAAUCCACACUUUUAAACAGUAUAAUUCUCUCUCUACCUCUUCUGCAAGAUACACUGUGCUCAUAGCAGAAUCUGAUGACAAGAGAUUAGUCAGAUACCAAACCAGGAGGUUUCUGUUCUUACUAUAUGCUAUCUAAUACUCUUGAAGGUAUGGAAGUAGCACCAUGCUUGCCUGUAGCCUGCUGCUUGGGGACUGACUCUGACCUUCUUCAUUGUGUAGGCAGCAGCAGGUCCUGAGGCAGAGGUGGUCAGGCUGAACAAGUGCUGUGCUUGUGGUGCUCGUUUUUCUGAGUAAUGCCAAAGACUGAACCAUGAAUUUGGUCACAGCAUGUAUCAACAACUACCUGCUCCUGUUUGCUUCAUCUUCAUUCCACAUUUUGUGUGGCUAAAUAGGCAUUUUAGUUCAAAUCAGGAGCAUGCAACUCCUGAUUGUCCUCACCUACUGUGUGAAGAUCCAUGGCAGUGAGCAGGCAACGUGGGAAAACUAGAGUGCUUUUGGAUGGCUCACUGCAGCUGGCUCACAGACCCUAAAGCUGGACUAAUGCUUGUCUGAAGUAAACCAGGUGUGAACACUGGGUCCUCAGCUACAACUAUCUGACUCUACAGCCUAUGCUUUUUCUACACUACUUGCUAGUGUAGACAAAAACCUAAACGAACUCCACACAUUUCUGCACAGCUGUGAUGAGACUGUCUCAUCUGUUCUUAGCCCUGUGAGCUAGUCCAGUAUCUUAAUUCUUUAAGAAGGAUAAGAAGUGAAAUACCAGCACACCAUCAUCAACAAACAAAUAAACCCAACAAGGCUCAUCCUAAAUCCUCAAUUGGUCUCUCAAAACUGAGCAUAGAAUUUGGCAUCAGCCCAGACCACUGCUGUUAUCCCACUGCUGGUAGUGUUAUGCUUUCCAAAGAACAUUGCUACAGGUGGGAAAAAGCAGUCCUAGACUUUGCAAUGUGCUCUGACAAGUAAUGCCAGCACUGCUACAACUGCUUACCUGCACUGCUGAGCUUCAAGUUGCUGAUGCUGCUCAGAGUCGCUGCUCACCUGAGAGAGACUGCAGCCCUGCUUCUACAGAUAAGCCUGGCCCAGAGGCUGCUAUGGGGUAACCAGCAGAGGUGUGCAGGAGGUGAGGUUCCUCACCCAUGUCAGCAGAUAGGUCAGCCAGCUGAUGCACCAUGAGGAACAGGAGUGAGCUUUGUCUGCUGAGAUUGCACUGUUUAUACAUUUCAUGAUGGACCCUCAGAGAAUUAAAGCAAAGCUCUGAAACAGAAAA